GUUGAGAUCAUCCACGUAAGUUAAUCAGUUGUCCGGGUGAUGACCGAGCGCUCUUUACAAACUCCGUCGCGUCAACAUAUCCCAACGCGCUCUUUUCACACACAAUCCUUAUUAUUAUUCCCAUCAUGUCUACCGAACCCAGAUCUCCAGUAAAAAAAGACGCGACGAGCCUCAUAAAGUCUCCUGAUUCAAAGGGAAAAGGGAAAACAAAGGCUCUUGCUGAGGACUUGUCAAUGGAGGAGGAAGACGAGGAAGAGGAAGAAGAAGACGAGGAAGAAGGUGAUGAGGAAAUGGAAGAGGAGGAAGAGGAAGAUGAUCACGAGGAAAUCGACCCUAGCGCAAUCCUUCCUCGUCGCACCCGCGGCACACGCGUCGAUUAUACAUCCGAGGAAGCCCUCAAAAAGGCUGGCCUCACAAAGGAUGACCACGAUGACGACGACGACGAAGUCUGGUCAAUUAUUUUGCAAGGCGUGUGUGUAAUAUUGCCAGCUGCCAGAGGUACUCUUACCUCGUUUCAUCUUGAAAUUAAAUAAAAAUUCACCCUGCUUGGCACUUUGUUCGCAUGUUCGAAUCUGUAUGGCCUCGCACGUUGCUUUACUUCAGUCACGCGCCAUCGUGCCGAGCUCAUGGCGGCCUCCAAGUACUCAAGUAUUUUGCAUGAGUUGAAUGUGGACCUGAAAUCCCCCGAAAAUACUAGUAUUUGCAGGACUGCUCGGCGGAGAGGCUCCCACAAAGUCAACUAAGUAUCUGGAUUACAACGUGUUCAUGCUACGCGACGCCGCCGAUAUCCAAGUUGGGGCGCCCCAAUGAAUUCUCACUCGGCUUUUCUGACUUGAAA